AUGUCAAUCGAAAGAGGACUGCAGGAGCUCUUCUCCGAGAACGUAGUAGCAAAAGUUCUCCGAGUGGCCGUAGAAGCACUCAACAACAACAACCCACCUACCGUCUACCCAGAAUUCGUCCCCCAGCAUGGAAACGACACCGGCCGGUAUAUCCUCCGCGACUCAGACUUCUGGACCUGCGGCUUCUUCCCAGGAAUCCUCUAUCUCCUGCGCGAGCGCGCCGUCAAAUACCCUCAGACCUUCCCUUACCUCAACCACAGCACAAGCGCACCAGCCAGAGGUAAUCUCCUGCAAGAACUCACCCAGCUAUGCAACACCUGGACAGACCCAAUCCGGUCCAUGACAACGCGCACAGACACCCACGAUCUCGGGUUCAUACUGCAACCGUCCCUGCGGAAGGACUGGGAACUCACCAGCAACGCCUCAAGUCUCGACGGUCUAAUAACCGGCGCCCGCAGCCUCGCAUCGCGGUUCGUCCCCAGCGUCGGCGCAAUCCGCAGCUGGGACGCGCUGGUGCAGACUGAUGUCAGCAUCACCAGUCUAGAAGACGACUGCCUGGUUAUCGUGGACAGCAUGAUGAAUCUGGAUUUGCUGUAUUAUGCCUCUCAUCAUGUAUCUGAUCCUGGGUUGGCGGAUAUAGCAACGAAACAUGCUAAGAAGGUUAUUACGUCUCUUCUUCGAUGUGAGAGUCGGAUUGAGGAUGAGUAUCCCCUGUACUCAACAUACCACGUCGUCAACUUUGACCCAAAAACGGGCGGUAUCAAGUCCCACCGCACGGCACAGGGGUAUAGCAGAGACUCGACCUGGGCGCGCGGACAGGCUUGGGCGAUAACGGGUUUUGCGCAGACAUAUACCUGGACAAAGGAUAGGGAGUUUCUUGCUGUUGCGUGUGGGCUGGCGGAGUACUUUGUGCUUCGGUUGGAGAACUCACCCGACUGUGUAGAACGGGCUGCACCGACGGAACAGGAUCCAAAUAGGAGGGUUGGACGGUAUGUACCGCUUUGGGACUUUGAUGCGCCUGUCGAGGAUGAGGAAUCUCCGCUACGGGAUUCGUCUGCUGGGGUUAUUGCGGCGAAUGGGAUGCUGGUUCUUGCUGCGGCUUUGAGGGCGGAUGGGCAGGGGUUGUUGGCGGAGAGAUUUCGGGGUUUGGCUGUUAAGAUUGUUGCUGAGACGAUUGAGUAUUCUCUUGCAGAGAAGGCACGGUUAGUUGGUGAUGGGCUUGAGGUGGAAGAUUUAGUCCCUGGAGAGCGGUUUGAUGCGAUAUUGAAGAAUGCAACGGCGAACCAUAAUUCCCAGGACCAUGACCGGUAUAGCGAUCAUGGACUGGUCUAUGGGGACUACUAUCUGCUGGAAUUUGGGAAUCAGCUGUUGAGGCUGGGUUGA